CAAGUUUCAGAAUGACAACGUGUCCCCUACCACCCAGUUUAGACGAAAUGGAUCUGCGAUUAGCUGCCGAUAAAGUUCUAAACGGUUCACUGAUCAACUGUACAUUCCAAUCGUUUUACGAUCAAAUGUAUCAAACACACGGAGUAUACUUCAUAUUUGAACCAACUCCGUUCGUUCAUCCAAUUGUUUCACAGAUUUUCUAUGGAAUCCUGUUCACACUAACAAUAUUUCUGGCGUUAAUGGGCAAUUUUACAGUGAUGUGGAUAAUCCUGUACCACCGUCAAAUGCGAAGCGUCACAAAUUACUAUCUGUUCAACUUGGCAGUGGCGGAUGCCUCGAUUUCAGUGUUCAACACGGGAUUCUCAUGGUCUUAUAAUUAUUAUUAUGUUUGGAAAUUCGGAAGCUUUUACUGUCGAAUAAACAAUUUGAUGGGAAUAACUCCGAUUUGUGCAAGUGUAUUCACAAUGAUUGUCAUGAGCAUUGAAAGAUAUUAUGCCAUAAUCCAUCCAUUGAAAAAGCGUCCAGGACGACGAUCAACUGUUACCAUCAUCAUAAUGAUUUGGUUCAUGGCAUUUUUGUUCGGGGUUCCAGCAUUUCUUGCGUCAAAGGUUGAUGUCUAUUACUUCUACGAUGGUUACACAUUAUACGAGAAUCCACUGUGCCUUGCAGACAAUUAUCCCGGUGGAAAUGAAUCACUACUUGGACAGGUAUACAACAACGGACUGAUAACUGUUCAAUACAUUCUUCCACUAUGCAUUUUAUCAGCUGCUUAUUAUCGAGUUGGUGUUGAGCUGAGAAAGGAUAAAACCGUCGGUGACGUGAGACAUGCAAAAUCAGUGGCCGCAAAGAAGAAGGCGUCAAUCAUGUUGGCAGUGGUUGUGUUCAUUUUCAUGAUUGUCUGGUUCCCAUACAAUGCCUACUAUCUCACAUUGCAUUUAGUUGAGCCAAUUGGGAAUAAAAUGUUGAGUCUGUACAUUUAUAUCAACAUCUAUUGGUUGGGAAUGUCGUCAACUGUCUUCAAUCCUGUCAUCUAUUAUUUUAUGAACAAACGAUUCCGUGUCGGAUUCCAUCACGCAUUCCGUUGGCUUCCAUUCGUUCGUUCCGAUAAAGAUGAAUAUCAAACAAUUCUUUCACAGACACGUCCAUCUCUGAUGCCACCCACAACGAUGGCGCAUACGGAUUUCUGACAAUUACAGAAAUAUAGGAAACAAUCUGAAAGUUGUAUUUAGAUUAUUCAAUUGUUCAUGUGUAUUUAUUGUUGACGGGUUUUAAAUUAUAUAAAUUAUUUUUUAUUCGAAAAAUGGCUCCUACUACACGUAUGUACACGAUUUUUAAUUAAUACUAUGCAAUUUUUGAAAUAAAAACAUUUUAUUUU